AUGAAUUUAACAUAUUGCAACACGACGGUGGAGGACAUGGAGAUCUCCGAGAUACCCAUGGCCGGCCCCUUCACCUUCCACGAGUUGGCUCUCAUGGUCUCUGCCGCAACAGCCCUCCUUUCCAUGUUCAUCAGUUUCUAUUUAAUAUGGAUGCACGCCUUGAACUACACGAAACCAGAGGAGCAGAAGUAUAUCAUCCGUAUCCUCCUCAUGAUUCCCAUAUACGCCGCCUCGGCUUUCCUCCAGCUGAGAUACUACCACCAGGCCGUCUACUUUGCAGUCAUUUCUGACUGCUACGAGGCCUUUGCAAUCUCAUCGUUCUUUGCAUUGCUGUGCCAGUACACGGCCGACCUUCACUCACAGAAACAAUUCUUCAGGGAACUGCAACCCGUCAAAGAAUGGGUAUGGCCGCUCAAUUGGUUCAAGAAGUGUUGUGGAGGCGACAGGGGCCCAUGGCGCACACCCGUCAGCGGUCUCACCUGGUUCAACAUCAUUUGGAUCGGAAUUUACCACUACUGCUUCAUACGUGUUGCCAUGACCAUCACCGCCGUCGUGUCUAACAAAUUCGACCGAUAUUGCGAAAGCUCCAACAGCCCUUACUUCGCGCACAUCUGGUGCGCCAGCAUCAACUGUGUCGCCGUCACCAUCGCCAUGUACUGUGUCAUCCAGUUCUACGUACAGCUCAAGACUGAGCUCUCCUCUCACAAGCCUUUCCUCAAGGUCCUGGCUAUCAAGGGUGUCAUUUUCCUCAGCUUCUGGCAGACAAUGGCCAUAUCUGUCGGGACGGGGGAGUUCGACAUCAUCUCUCCCACCGCAACACUUGCUUAUCCCGACAUUGCGGUUGGCAUACCUUCCCUGCUACUGUGCGUUGAGAUGUUGCUAUUUUCCAUAAUGCACAUCUGGGCAUACCCCUGGCGACCGUAUCGACAGGACGCGCCUCCGAUAUUCUAUCCCUUGCCGAAUAAGGAAUCGAAUGUACCGCCCCUGGAGAAUGUGCAUAUCCCGCCGGCCGGAGGCUCUGUGGGUCUGAAGGCGCUCUGGGAUGCCUUGAAUCUAUGGGACGUCAUCAAGGCAUUUGGCCGCGGCAUGCGUUGGCUGUUUGUCGGGGCUAAGCGGCGCAAGCAGGAUGUCAGCUAUCGCAAGAACACCGACAUAAAUAUGGAUGGUAAGGACACAUCAUAUCCUUUACAGCCAUACGAUCGGGUGCCUGGCGGAAAGAGCACCGACCACUUGCCCAUUGCGACCGAGUUUCGACGAAGCACAUUUGGUAUGAAUCAACACCCAGGAGGCCAAGGGGUUGUCAGUCCGAUCCAGGAGGAGGACCACGAGGAGGGAGCAGGCCUGAUCGCCCAUGCACAAGGGGAUCCGUCGGGUACUUCUCCCCUCGACCCGUAUGACAUUUACAAACAAGACCAACCUUACGAAUCCGAUUUAGGAUAUCGAGGAGCUGCGCGAUUCCAGCAGGCGCCCGAAUCCUACCAGUCGCAAACAAACCCUUUCCACGACCGACGGCAACCUGUUCAGACUCAUGCACUGUCCACAGAUGGAUAUUACCAGGUGCCAAACGCAACAAAUCAGCCCAUCAGCCCAGACGAGCCGCAGGGUGCGCAGCGUGGGCCUGACAACACACAACAGGUGGUUGGCGCAGCACUAUGGGGUGCCAACCCUCAUCAGCACCCCAAUGGACCCAUGAUAUAA